AUGCCCCACCAUCAGCACCAGCAGACGGCCAUUGAGCACUGCCACGCACACCACUUGGAGCUUUCUGGCUCUAAUGGGGCGGACGGGCGCGAAACCACCCACUCGCCUGUGCCAUCAUUGACACACGCCGACUCGCGUUCGACGUCUGCCUCAUCCAGCGUUAAUUCAAUGUCGCCAGGCGCCCUGAUGACCACUCCACGCGACUUGUUGCCGCAUUUCAAGUCCGUAGGAUCUAAUAAAUGCAGCAGCCGCAGUACCCAUGGUGAUGAUGGUAAAGUGACCCUACCCGAUGCCCCUGUCGAAUUGAACAAUAAGCGCCCGAUGGCUGAUGAUGCUUGCCAAGAGACUGCUAAGCGGCAAAGGAAGGAGGCACCCGUCGCUGUCCCAGCCACCGCCGCACAGCGGCCCCAUACGCUUAGCCGCCCUAAACGCUUGACUGGCAGUGAUGACUUUGUGAAGAAAUUCGGUUUGAGCGGCUUGUACGACCAGUAUGUCCGCCCAUACGCCGCCAUUGUUGGUGACCGUAGCAGCCGCCGCCGCCCCCUGCCCGACUUGACAUCGGCAUAUCUGACCAACGUCAGGGGCGCUGCAAAUGUGUCGGCGAAUGCUUCGAGGUCUUCGCUGGAUCUUAUGGCACUGGUGAUGGCUCCGCCAAAGAACGAGUUUGAGCGCUUGGAUUUGCUGCCCAUGGCUUCUAUCAAGGCUGCCUUUAGCAUUUCUUCUAGGCGCAGCGUCAGCAACAAGAAAGUUGCUGAGGAUGGUACUACCAACGAUGCUGCUGGUGUGGAUGCCAAGCGGUCACGCAUUUCGCUUAAAGUUAGCACUGAUGCGCUGCAGUCUCAGCACCAUUCUCAGUCCCAGCGGCAGGACUACAGACGGCAACAGCAUGUUCGGCAGGACCCUGGUCGGUCGCAAACAAAGGAAAGAGAGCAUGAGCAACAGCAGGGCCACGGCAGCAUGAACGCCAAAUCACAGCAAUAUCACUCGCGCCCGGCCGCUAGCACAUUGCCGAACAGAGCUUGA